AUGACUUCCUUAGCCCCCUUGGACCCGAUCAAUGCCAACGGGUCAGACCGUGGCAAGAAGGUCGCAUAUUUCUACGACUCCGACGUUGGUAACUAUGCCUACGUCUCGGGACACCCAAUGAAGCCCCAUCGCAUAAGGAUGACACAUAGCUUGGUUAUGAACUAUGGUCUCUAUAAGAAAAUGGAAAUUUAUCGCGCAAAACCAGCGUCUAAAUACGAGAUGACCCAAUUCCACACAGAUGAAUAUAUCGACUUUCUUUCCAAAGUAACGCCGGAUAACAUGGACACUUACGCCAAGGAGCAAAGCAAGUAUAACGUCGGUGAUGAUUGCCCUGUUUUCGACGGUCUUUUUGAAUUCUGCGGAAUUAGCGCGGGAGGAAGUAUGGAGGGCGCGGCCCGACUUAAUCGCAAUAAAUGCGACAUUGCUGUCAACUGGGCCGGUGGUCUUCACCAUGCAAAGAAGAGUGAAGCAAGUGGUUUCUGCUACGUGAACGAUAUUGUGUUAGGCAUUCUUGAGUUGUUGCGCUUCAAGCAACGAGUGCUGUACGUCGACAUUGAUGUACAUCAUGGUGAUGGUGUUGAAGAAGCCUUCUACACUACAGAUCGUGUUAUGACUGUCUCUUUCCACAAAUACGGAGAGUACUUCCCAGGAACCGGCGAGCUCCGCGAUAUCGGUGUUGGACAGGGUAAAUAUUACGCUGUGAACUUCCCACUCCGCGAUGGUAUCGACGACGUUUCUUACAAGAGUAUCUUUGAGCCUGUCAUCAAGAGCGUGAUGGAAUGGUACCGACCGGAAGCAGUGGUUCUCCAAUGCGGCGGUGACAGUCUUUCGGGUGACCGUUUGGGGUGCUUCAACCUUAGUAUGAGAGGGCAUGCCAACUGUGUGAACUUCAUCAAGAGCUUCAAUCUUCCCACAUUAAUUCUUGGAGGAGGAGGUUACACAAUGCGCAACGUCGCGCGAACCUGGGCGUUUGAGACUGGUAUCCUUGUUGGGGAUCCUUUGGGCUCCGAGCUUCCUUAUAAUGAUUACUACGAGUACUUUGCUCCGGAUUAUGAGUUGGAUGUACGGCCAUCGAAUAUGGACAACGCCAAUACAAAAGAGUAUCUAGAUAAGAUCCGUGUGCAAGUUGUCGAGAACCUUAAGCGAACUUCUUUCGCACCUUCCGUACAGAUGACGGACGUACCACGUGACCCUCUUGUAGAAGGCAUGGAUGAUGAAGCGGAUGCGAUCUUGGACGACCUGGAUGAGGACGAGAAUAAGGACAAGCGUUUCACCAAAAGACGAUUCGAUCAAUAUGUCGAGAAACCAGGUGAGCUUAGUGAUAGCGACGACGAAGAGGAAUCCGCCGCCAACGGAGUCCGCCGCCAACCUGGCGUACUGAAACGGAGGAACCAAGUCAACUAUCGCAACCUGGAUGUUGAAUCGGGACUUGAGAGCGGGAUUGCGACCCCCGCCGAAGCUUCUUCGGUACCUGACGAUGACAUGGAUACUACUGCCGAUGCGAAGAUGGGAGAUGCCCCACAGACAGAAACCGACGCACCUGCAACCCCCUCCGUUGCCGAACCACCAUCAAGGGCUGAUGAGACGUCCGCAGCAGAGCAGACGGAAAUGGCGAUUGAUGGUCAAGAGCAAGCAGCUCCCUCUGCCCCUAUUUCUCGCCAGCCAUCUCCCAAGACACAGGAUGAGGAUACCACCAUGGAAGAUGUGGGUGACGUUGCGCCUGAAACAGAGCAGCAGGAGCAAUCAGCAGCGCCAAGUGAGGCCCAGGCUGAAGAGAAGAAGCCCGCCGAAGAAAUGCCAGCUACGGACAAACCUGCCACGGAGCCGCCCUCUCCAGCCGAUGCACAGGCCCCUCAGAAGGAGUCCGUAGAGGAUUCAAGGCCAGCUGAGGCGAGUGAGGUAGUGGAAACAGUGGAGACCACUGAGACCAAAGAAACAAGCCCAAAAGCUUCUAAUGAUGUGCCUGAGCCAGCCAAAACAGAGCAGGAAUCACCCAAGGAAGUAAAGGAAUCAACCGGUGAACCUCAAGAGCAGGAGCCCACCAAGAGCGAAGCAUAG